UCCGUCUAGACGUUGUGAUAUACUCGUGUCAGGGAGCAGCUCGCACUUUGAUACUCGGGAGGCAGACUCGCCGUUCAGUUGCUACUCGGCGAGAAGAGAAUUAGAAUGAGAAUCGUUGGAAAAUGACUUUCCGAAGAGUGAAGAGGUUAAGCCGCAAGGAGGAUUACGGAGGCGCCCAUUGCGCCGCGUCCAGUGGGGCUGAGAGCGAAAUUUACAAUAACACCGGUGAAACUUACAAGACCAGUGAAACUUACAAGACGGGCGCUGAAACUUACAAGACGGGCGCUGAAAUUUACAAGACCAGUGAAACUUACAAGAAGAACGCUGAAACUUACAGGACCAGUGAAAUUUACAAGAAGAACGCUGAAAUCUACAGGACGGGCGCUGAAACGUACAAGGCGUCCGAUCUUUACAAGACCCUCGCCUACUCGGGGGGCACGCUGCCCCGCAGCCACAAGCAGAGGUCGUUAAUGAAAUGGAAAACGCUGACAGAAUCUCCUGAUCAUGAACGGAGAAUUAUUACCUUAGAAAAGCAAGAUGAUGAAGCCUUUGGAUUUGAAAUUCAGACUUACGGCUUGCAUCAUCGGGAUGAGAACACGCUGGAGAUGUGCACUUUCGUGUGCAAGGUCCGUGAGCUCAGCCCUGCCCAGCUCGGUGGAUUGAGACAAGGGGACACCAUCAUCAGCAUCAACAGUACAUCCGUGGAUGGCUUCCGACAUCGAGACAUUGUGGACCUCAUCAAGUCUUCCGGGAAUUGCCUGAGGCUGGAGACCGUGUAUGGGACGUCCAUAAGGCGAGCCGAGCUGGAAACCAGGCUGCAAUAUCUAAAGCAAACGCUACAGGAGAAGUGGGAGGAGUACAGGUCACUGAUGGUCCAGGAACAGAGGCUGGUACAUGGGGUCGUGUCAACAGAUGCGAGCGUUUAUGAUGCUUUCGAGUCGGUCCGAGCCAGCCUCUUGGGCCAGGGCGUGCGCCGGGCCGGGUCCGAGGCGCCGGGGCGGGGCUGCGGCAGCGGCGGCGACGAGCCCAUUUACCAGACUUGCGUCUUUGACCCCUCUGACACGAACAGCGACGACACGGGCAGCAGCCACAGCAGCGAGGUGGUCCUGACCAAGCGGGCGCUGACGAGGAGUGCGAGCGCCAGGGUGGGUCACCACGCGGGCAGCCCCGCCAACUCCUGGGAGAAAUGCAGCGGCCAAAGCCCGUUCGGGACGCUCCCGAGGAAGCCCAGGAGGAAGAGCCUGCGGAAGAGACUGCUCAAGUACAUCCCCGGACUCAACCGGCCCAUCGAAGAGGAGGAGAGCCACUUGUAGGCUACAAAAUGGCCGCCGGUUAAUUUAUUGCGUCUGCUGCUCCCCACGCUAAUUGCUACCCACCAACCGUCCCGCGGCAAGCGGGGAGACGGCCGAAGCGCUUUGAUCUAACCACUGCCCCCCAGAGCGGCAGCUGGGCUGCACGGACUACCCAAGGAGGACAGUAUCAGCGAUUCGCGGCGAAUCUGCGUGCCAGAGAAACUGUCUGGGGGAGGAUGGUGCAGUGGUAUAGUCGCUGCCUUACAGCGCUUGCAGCGCCGGAGACCCGGGUUCCAUCCCGACCACGGGUGCUGUCUGCACGUAGUCUGC